CAAGACCGGAAGUUAGUACUCGCCAGCGGAACUCAGGCGGUAGGUGGAAACACGGCGUGUUUUCACUGGGACUCUUAACAUCGUUAAACAUUAUGUCGUCUCUCAGGUGACAGCUUUAUUUUGACGGGAUGUGUGAAGCAGCAGAGAAAGACCUGUAUGCUGUCCUGGGAGCCAGCCCCUCAGAGUCAGUCCAGCAGCUCAGACACAGAUACCAGCAGCUGGCCUUACAGUACCACCCAGACCGUCUUGGAGGUGAGUGUUCUUCAGAAGCAGAGUCUGGUGUAAAGAAGUUUCUAGAAGUUGAUGCAGCCUGGAGGAUCCUUAGUGACCAGAACACCAGGAGACAGUAUGAUCUGCAGAGGAGAGUGCGGGAACUGAAACAGGAUUGGCCAGUGGAUUCUACAAUCUGUCUGGAGGACAUGACCUGGGAGCAGGAUGAGUGUGUGUAUACAUACAGCUGUCGUUGUGGAGGAGGAUUUAACGUCUCAGAGGAGGAGGUGAAGGAGGAGACACAGAGGAGGCAGCAGGAUGAUGAAGAGGAGGAAAUAGUGGAAGAAGAACACAGAGGAGUGGUUAUUUGCUGUGAUACAUGUUCCCUCAGUGUUUACGUCACAUGGUCAUUACAUAGAAAGACUCAAAUGUUAAAAUGCCAAUAAUAAUGCUUGUUUGGAAACCUUUGACACUGACAAGCCUGAGUGCUAAAUAAUUAUGUCAACGUUUCCCUUCAUGGGAGAGUUUUUUUUAAAGGAUUCAUAUGAUUGCCUGAGUGGUCAUGUGAUACUUCAAGUUGAAUCUUUAGCUUGUACUAUACCCAAUUGAAUUUGAAUUCGUUUUUUUUUUAAGUGUAUUGAUAUAUUUUUUUUGUAUAGUAUGUAAUGUGUAGGUGUUUAAAUUACUAUUGUUCAUAUUCAGUUGUGAUAAAUACUGAAAAAUGUGUUCAUGUAAAGAGUUAACCGUUAACAGUCUUGAUCAUGAUCCAGCUUACUUGGAAUAAGCUACACAUUUGCAGGUUUGGGCUCAAUUACUUGUUAUGACAACAGCUCAAAAUAAAAAAAUCAAGACAGAUAAUCAUCAGUCAAAUCAAGUUCUUCACAUAUAAAGAACGGGGCUCUAAAGAAUUCUACCUCUGACAAUCAAUCUGUGCAUUUUCUCCAAACAAACUUGUACCUAUAAACUACAUGACAGUAAUUCAAAAUGAAGAGUCUCACGAUCUCUAUGUUUGUCUCUGUGCAGGCACAUACAUUACAUUGUUGUAAUAGGUGUAGGUUAUUUCAUUUUAGGUCCAUCCAAUCAAGAGCAAGGUGAAGCAAUCUUAUUCUCAUGUGAAUACAGGGACAUGGGGAUAUGGAAAAUGUGUUCAUGAUAGGGUGAGUCAUUGAAGUCACUAAAGAUUCUGCAGCUGACUGUAUAGUGUGUACAUAGCACUCCGUUAAAAAUGUUACUGCUUAGCUAUGAGGCCCAAAUAGCAUUUUCUGCCAAAUUGAAUUUGUUUGUGCAAAAGAUUUUUCUUUUCUUUACCUAUCCAACACCAAGCCCUGCAUAGGUGAUACUUUAUACUUUCAUGUAUGCUGUCAGGCUCUCAGCAGUGAUAAUACUGCGUUUUACAGUGUUGUGGAUGGAGGUUGUCAAGAGGACCAGUGAUACCAUCAUGGGGAUUGUUCUGAGGUAAUGUGAUGCUAAAGCAGUAGAGGGUGAUGGUCUAUCCCCUGGAGAGUCUUUGUGCGAAGUUUUACUCAGGCAGAGUGAGGGGUAUCUAUACACUCUGGGGUCCUCACUACGUGUCUGAACCUGCCUGCUGGCUGGCAUGAUGCUGCUCAGCAUACCUGAUGCUCAUCAACCACAUGACACACAGACACACACACACAUAACCAGUAGCUACCAGUCUGUUCAAAACCAGGAGCAGAGUUAUCAGUUAAGGAUAUGUGGUACAAGUGUAAUAUACUGUAUAUGUUCAUUCUGAUAAAUUUCUUCCUGCAUUUCUUGGCCUACAAACAGUGCUGAUUGUGGGAAAGUGUACUAUCUCUCUGAGGAAACACUCUAGAUUAAUUCCAUACCAACUCCCAAAGCAUAAUCCAGAAUUAAAUAUACCACUUAUAAAUGUCAUGACCUACUCUGCUUCCUAGUUUAUGUUUUCCUUUGUUUCUUGUUUUUCUGUCUGCUUCCUGUUUUAUUUAGUAUACUCACCUCUCAGGUUUGUGUUUAGGGAUGGGUAUCAAAAGGAUUAUAUCAAUGCUACUAUUAUCUAUACUUAUCACUGUCAUGGUACAGCUGUACCAUUCCUAGUGUCUCUGUCUGUUUGUCCCCUGUUGGUUCCCCUCCUGUGUGUGUGUGUGUGUGUGUGUGUGUGUGUGUGUGUGUGUGUCUGCGCGUGUGCUGUGGGGCGUGGCCUCCGGUGAACUUCCAAUCAAAGACUGAUACACCUGCUGCCCAUCUGCUGCUGCUCACCUGCUAUCCAUCCACAAUCAACACCUGGCAGUAUAUCUACCCAGCUCUUUUCACCAUCUUCGCCAGAUUGUCUGUUUACCCAAGCGGUUCGAUCCUCUCACCUGCCUCCAAGUUGCUCACCGGCUUCCCAGGAGGACCUCUUCUCAGAUCGCCUGCUUUCCCCAAUCUCUUGCCAGCCCGCUGUCUUCGCUCAGUCCACCGGCUCCCAGCAAUUACCUCCACACUCCUGGUUCCUCAUUGUACUUCCUAAUAAACGAAAGUAACUACUUCA